CAGGGGCAGGCUGACCAUUUGGAAACUCGGGCAGUGCCCGAGGGCCCGGGGUCAGUAGGGGGCCUCAUGAGAUGCCCCUGGUACCUAUUUUCAUAGGCUAUUUUGAGUUUGGGCAAGGACACAGGGGCCCCAUGAUCCCCCAUUGCCCGGGGGCCCCAUGAGUUGUCAGUCCACCCCUGCCCACAUGCCCCAUCAGUGCUGCCUUUCAGUGCCCAUCAUUGCCACCUAUCAGUGCCCAUCAGUGUCAGAUAUCAGUGCCCAU